AUGAUCAUCCCCACCGACUUUGGGAUCAGAUUAGCCAGAUUGUCUUCACCCAUCGCAAAGCGGGCUCCACCCCCGCACGUUGGUGGCGACCCGAAAGCAACAGCCCCAACGACGACGACGAGCCCAUACCACAAAACACUGUGGGAGGUCAGACAUAUCAUCCUCGACAAGUACCUCUUUAAGGACGAUCCGUACACGUACAUGCUGCUUUCAAAACAGCAUCUACUACGUGUUGUGCUCGAUCGAUGGCGCGAGGAAGUCGUUUUGGAUAAGCGCAUCCUCCAAACGCUGGCGAACCCGACCAAGAAGCUUUUGCGCGCGUGUGUGGUGAGGACGAUGAGGAUAGUGGUGACAGAUGUGGAGCAGCUGGAUGAGCUUGCUUCCUUGCCCACGCGACUAGCAAUAGCCCUGGAGCAACAGCGGAAAUGGCAUCUCAGACUCUACUCGACAAUGAAAUCCACAUUGUCGAGAGAGAAAAGGACCACGAAGCGCAAGAAGAUACGUUUCUUCCCUGACGCUCGUGUGCUCGAGAUGAAACUCGAAGGGUUCAUGGACGAUCCUUCGCACACUAAGAGAGUAUAUUUCGGUCGUAGACCCAAGAGACUUUGGGAUGUUUCCGCGGCGGUGGGAAAACAGCUGAGACACCUUGUCAUAUCAUACGAAGAAGGCUGCUUGAAUGGCGCGACGUAUAUGAUCCCAGAGGAGGCACUCGCCGAAGUCAUGGGCGGCAAGCUCAGGAGCCUCGUGUGGAUCAAGCGUCCAGAUUUCGGAUCCCCGACUGAAAUGAAUCCACCACGGAUCAAUAAACCUAUACCGUUGUUGAAGCUUCAGUACCAAAAGUCGUCUCAGCUACGGAUUGUUCGGCUGGUGUUUGAUUUUCCGCCGAAUGAUCCGAGGGGCGACUCGGCCCGGUCCAUGAGGAGCCUCAUAAGGAGUAUUGAACUAGGGAUCGGAGCAUGGGUGUUCGAUAACUGGAAUAAACAGACCUAUGUUGCAGAGGUUCAGACUGCCAACGUAGCACAGGGCCGUGCCGUUCUGGUCAAUCGCAAUCCAGUCAUCCCAGAACUUGAGAGACUGAGGAGGAUUAGGUUUAAAGAGCUGGAAGACGAGUGGGUGAGCAGAGGGGUACAGCCGUUGAUGCGGUAUAAUCUGUGA